AUUAUUCUAAUAAAUAUAAGAAUUUGAUGGGAAAUCUAUAUAAUAAAAAUAUAAAUAGUGCUAUAGAAAAAGUUGGAAAAAGUUUGAAUAAACAUAUUAAUAAUGAAAGAUACGCAUAUAUAUUAGAAGAAAUAAAGGCGAAAUUAGAACCCAAGUUUCAUCGAAGUAUAUGUGGACUUCUAAAAAAAACGCUAAUCAUCAAUUUAUUUGGCUUCAAUAAAGAAGAAGCAGUAAUAUGCAUUGAUGUAAUUGUAACAAUAAUGGAGAUUAAAUAUGUAAAACGAUUAAUAAAAGAGGAAGAAGAGAAUAACGAGAAAAUAAAUCAAGCUACUCCAUCUUCUUCAAAAGAAACUACUAUAAAAGAAACUACUAUAUCUUCUUCAAAUAAUACAAAUCAGGCAGAGAAAGAUGAGAUCAAAUCCCAUAAAAAAUCAUAUACAGACAAGGAAACUGACUUGUCGGAUGACAUGUGUAAAUUUGUUGUUUCUCUUUUCUCUCCUAUAACGGAGGAAAAAAAGGACAUGAAUAAGGAAAAAUCUCCUCUUGCUCCUGGCAAAAUGAUGGAAAUGAUCCCUUUACAGUUGGAUGUUGCGAGUGAAGUCACUACUGGCGCGAAAUCAUCUUCGCCUGAGACAUUUAAAACUGAGACACCAUCAUCGCCUGAUGUAUCAAUGAUGGAGGAGAUGAGCAUCUCAAGUCCAGACGAGGAAUCUUCUUUGCUUGAAGUCGAGGGGGAGAAACAGGAAGACAUAAUUUGUCAACAAUAUCCCAUGAUUGCUGUAAAAGAUGCAUUGUUGAAAAUACAACGAAAAGUAAAAUACGGUAGACACGAACCAUUAAGUGAUUCUAUAAGGACAGAUGAUGCUUAUGGCAGAAUAUUGGCCGACCACGUAUAUUCCGAUUACGAUGUGCCAGCAUUUAGAUGUGCCACUAAACAUGGAUACGCAGUAUUGGCAAGUGAUGGUGAAGGCAGAAGAGUAGUACUGAGCGAAACUACAUCCGAUCCAAUAUCUCUCAUUCCUGGGACAUGCAUGUAUGUGAAGAGCGGAGCGCGUGUACCUAACGGAGCAACAGCGGUUGUGCCAAUUAAGGAUGUAAAACGAAUAAUAGUAUAUGAUCACGAGAAUGAUUUAAUUAUGAUAAAGAUUAAACCAGAAUUCGGGCAGAAUAUUAAAGAUAUCGGUAACGAUAUACAGAAAGGGAAAGUAAUUAUAUACCCAUUCACACGUAUCGGUCCAGCGGAAUUAGGACUUUUGGCGGCUACGGGUCGUAGAGAAGUUCGAGUCGUUAAACCUGUAUCCAUAGGUAUAUUGUCAAUUGGAGAUUUAUUAGAGGAACCUGGAGAGCCUUUAAGACCGGGAUAUGUUUAUGAUAGCAACAGAAUAAGCCUAAUCGCGCUAUUAAAAGAUCAAGGUUUUAAUUCGAUAGUGGAUUUCGGAAUUGUGACGGAUGAUAUACUACCUAUAAAGAUGAAAAUCAAAGACGCUUUAAAGCAAGUGGUCGUACUCGUGACAAUAGGCUGCUCGAACGAUAAUGAUUUAUUGAAGCCCAUUUUAAAGAAUGACUUUGACGCCACUAUACAUUUUGGAAAUGUAUUUCUGAAACCGGGAAAGUCGACAACGUUCGCAACAUGCAAGUUUGAGGACAAACUGAAGUAUCUUGUAUGUCUUCCUAAAAAUCCAGUGUCUACUUCCGUUUCCGCGCAUCUAUUCCUUUUACCUAUCUUGAAGAAGUUGCACCGCAUCGGGACCCCUUGCCAAAUUCCAGCUCGCAUACAUGAUCGGUAUGUCUUGCAUUCGCGUCCUAGAGCGGUAUGGGCGACUUUAAAAUGGAAUGAGGAGGAUAAUUUCGCGACGGCUUUUAGCAGAAAAAAUCUCGACAGUGAUAAGUCAUUGAGCAGUCAAGCCGCUAAUGCGCUCUUACUGUUGCCGCCACAAACAGAGGAUCAGAAGGUGAUGUGUGAGUCAUUUGUAUCUGCGUAUCCAAUCAAAUAGUUAACAGACGCUUCUAAUGGAUUAUCAUCAAUAGCAUUUUAUGACGAAACAAUGGCGUACAUUUAGGUAUAUUCGAUUACGUAUAUACUAUAUGUAUAUAUGUUUAUAAUUAAAGUGUUCGGUAAUAACCAUCGAAAAUAGCUAAAUAGUACAAAACUUUUCUAUUCAAUUUAACACGGUCCACCUGUACACGAGAGGUGAUACGAUUAUUAUUGGACACAUCUUGUAUAUAUUAAUAUU